GUCGAGGGACAGAGGGGCGGCACGGCUUCCUCGCGUUCUCCCGGACUCGCACUGUUGGUUGACGUCACUUCCGGUUACUCUCUGUUUUGGAGGCCGCCAUCGGCGGAAGAGGGAGGAUGGUGAGAGGAGGCGGCGACGGAGGCGAGGCGGAGGGGAGCGGGCCCACGGAGUUCCCGGAGCAGUUCCGCUCCUAUUCGGAGAGCGAGAAGCACUGGCAAGCGCGGCGGGCCUUCCUGCUCCAGAACUUGCCUGCUGCGGGGGGCGAGGGGCCUCUCUCUCCGCUGCACACGGACCAGCUGCUCUCGCUCUCUAUGGUCUGGGCCAACCACCUCUUCCUGGGAUGCAGCUACAGUAAAGAUCUCUUGGACAAGGUGACAGAAAUGGCUGAGGGAAUCGAAGUUGAAGAUGUUCCACAUUUCACUACACGUGAUGAAAUAAUGAAAAAGAACCAACAAUAAUGACUGAGGGAAGAGAGGAAAGACUUUCAUUAUGCUAUACAAUCCAUUAUUUACGUGGACUACUAUCAUUUGGGAACUACAAGAAGCAUGACUUCUUACAUUGGGUAUCUAUUUUACAGGGUUUUAAAGAAUCCAUAUGGCUUCGGUUCAGAUUAUUGAAAAUUCUAAAGCUCCCUCCCUCAUUGAUAAUCUGUCAUACAAUCAAAACCCUUCUAGAAACAUGGCUGUAGUUCAGUAUAGUGGUUUUUCCUAAAUCUUAAGACUUACUUAGGCAAUCCAAGUUCUUAGAAGGCACCUGUGCAUGAGGUUUUUUUUAAUGUGUGGAGAUCAGUGCACAGCUGAUCAACACACAAUCUUCCCAGAGUGAGGGUCCCAACCAGUGGCGUGAUUAACACAAUGAUGGUGGCUUCUCAAUCUGUUGCAGCCUUCUUCCACCUUUACAGCUGUUGUAACAUGUAUCAUAUUAUCCUCUGCCUGAUUGGCUGUUAAGGUCUUCGGAUUGUGCUUGGUCAGGAACCUCCCUUGCAGCCCCUCCUGGGAGUGCAUGACUCAUGUGGUUACAUCCGCAGGUUCAUUGGAACACACGAGCCCCCUCACCACAACAAGGUGAUAAUUCAUCGAGGAAUCCAGCAGGUAUCAUGUUUAGUAAGAUGUAGGUACCAGGCAGCUAGAGAGAAAAGGAAGGCCUGACUGUCAGAGCAGAGAGAGAUGUAUACGGUGCACUUCACUGUGAACUUCUGGAGCAGUCAGAGCACAUGUCAUGCCUUCCUGCUGUAAUGUAGCAGCUGUAGGAGACAGUUGGACAAGGAAUCUGCAUAUGUACUGAAGCACGAUAGGGGAGGUGGGCCCUAUACUAUUUACAAAUAUAUCUGCCCUCACGUUGGAGACCAUCAAUUGCAUGGUGAAGAUGUUGCUAAAUGUAGCAUUUGCUGUCAUCAAACAGGAAAACAGUGUCAAUAAUAUGAAGAACAUGGUGGAAUGUAGUGGCUUUUAUCAGUAUCUGGGUUUUCACUUAAAUUACUCAGCUGGUUUUGAAAGAUGGUUUGGAAAUGCACAUAAAGACAUUGCUGAUUUUAACAUCUUACUCUGAUGAUUAGUAAAAAGAGCACUCCAUCUGCAGUGUAAAGGGCAGUUAAUUGCUAAGGGGUUGUAGAAAGAAAUACGAAUAUCAUGGGUCCUCCACAUACUGAUCAGGGGGUACAAGGCAUUUUUAUUUUAUUGAAGCAUAGGAGCAGAGUGCUACCGACACUUCACAGGUUGGCACAAAUGGAUGAUACUGAGGUAGCAAGACCAUUCCAUAGGGAGCAGUGACUUACUACAUUUACAUGUGAUGAUAGUCUUAAGGACAUCACCAAGGCCCUCCAAAUUCCUGAGCAUUCCUGUGUGGGAUAUCUCAAGGGAGACAUAAAGCCAAGAGAGAAGGACUAGGCUUUUACUGGGGGUGUGGGGGAGGGAGUGAUAGCUCAAAUCAGAAAGCAGGAACACAUGAAGACUGCCAUGUACACUGGAGAGAAAAAUUAAGGCCAGUUCCUGACUUUUUAAUUUGAAGGAUGAGGUAAUGCAGAGGGUCUAUACUCUGCAGCAGAAAAGAAUACAUGGAAAAUAGAGCCAAGGGGACCUAGUACCAACUCCACCUUCACUCUUAAGUAACAGUUUCACACCCCCCCCCCAAAAAAAAAUCAGGCCAUUGGUUCUACAUGAAACUGAGAAAGUUGUAUGACCAAGUGCCAAUUCUAGAACAGUAAAACUCAGAGAGUAGUGGUUCUUGAUUUUUUUUUGCCUUUCUAGUUUAUCUAAAUUUAUUUGCCUUCAAGUUUCAGAUUCUCUGACUUCCUGUCAUGCUGUUUGAAAUUUCUAGCAAUUGAAUUCCAAAAUACUCAAGACCCAAUAUUUAAUAAUCAUUUGCAUAGUGGAGAGCAUGAUGACCCACUAUCAAAGCACAUGUUGAGUGUACGGGGCACAAAUCUAACUACAGGUAGCCCUUCUGGCUCAAGUCUUGUAUGUUGUAGUUGGAGGCAUUGGAAAUCCGUAUACUACUGGCAUUCUUAAAAAAGAAACAGCUAGAAUACCAAAGAAUAAACAUUACUUUGGAAUAUACAGCACUGUCCUUUGAGUUUAAACGAAUUUUCCUCACCACACUAAUGCCAGUCAAAACCUUCUUUUGCUACCUUGCCUUUUUCUCCCCCUUGUAUUAGUUAAACAAUGUCAGCAUCAGCAGCCCUGUUGCUUUCUUUCCUUCUGGGUUUAUAUGGCCAGUUCACUACUAUAUCUAUGUCAGUUGUUGGAGCCUUCCCCCAUUAACUGCUCAUCUGAUACCUUUCUGGCAUGCUUAUACUUUGGGUCCUGCUUUGAGUUAGUAUAGAUCACAUUUCCCAAAUUCUGUUCCUCCAGGUGUUUUGGACUUCAGCUCCCAGAAAUCCCAACCAGCUGUUAGGAAUUGUGGGAGCUGAAGUCCAAACCAUCUGGAGGAGUACAAUUUGAGAAACUGAUAUAGAGAGAAGCUACACUGUGUGAACUCUGCCACUUUAUAAAUGAAACAGAUGAUUUCCUGUCUAUGUGGAAUUUGGGUAUUCUGCUUAUUUAAGAAUGGAAGAAUGAUGGGAACAAAUGGGAAUAAUGAAAACAAAUGUAAUAAUUCUUCAAUUUAAUAAAUGAAUAAAAUUUUAUAAUAACGA